GGCGAGCAGGGCGGGGCGCAGCGGCCAUCCCCGGUCUCCCCGAGCUCCGGCGGCAGCCUCCAGAUCCGGCCGGAACGGAGCUCGAGCGCAGCGCAGAUGGCGUCCAUGCCCGGCGCGGCCCUACUCCCUUCCCCCCCAUGGCAACGCGGGUCCAUAGCCUCCCUCCUCUCUCCUGCGGCGGCUUCCAUGGCCGGUUCGGGUCGCCGCCGUGCUGCCUCCGGGCGCCGGCGGGAGGUCCGGGGGCGGCGUACGCGCAGCUACAGCUGGCGCAGCACCCCUACGACGCCGAGGCGAUCCAGGCCGGCGUCGGCGCCACCGGCACGCGCUCGCGGAGUCCCACGCGGCGCUCGCGGACCCCGUCGAGUCGGUCGCGGCGCCGCUGCACCGCCUCCUCCGCUUGCAGCAGGCGGAGGCGCUGCCCUCCAAGCGCAAGGGCGGCGCGACCACCAGGCUGCCGCGCUCCCUCGACGCGCCGGAGCCGGCUCCGCGCGGCCGUCCCUCGCACCUCCAGUUUGCCGCGUCGUCCGGAUCCGAGCCGGCGUCGCCGCCCGCCUCGCCUCCCCGCGGCAUCCCUGAGCAGUUGAUGGAGCCGCAGGCGCAGUCGCAGUACGCGUAUGGGUAUGGCUAUCCGCCGAUGCCCGUGUACGCGUACCCGCCGCCGCAGGGCUCGCUGCAGUUCUACUACGCGUUCUCCAAUCAGAUCCAUCAGCUACCUCCCAUUCCUUCUCACAUCCAGUCUGUGGACAGGGCACUGCUACUUUCAGGCUCAGACGGUCAUCAGCUGAUUUGGAUUUGACGUCGCCAACAAAAACAUCUGCUCGAGCUCGGGGAUCAUUGCUGCAUCUGAUUGUUUCACCAGCCAAGCUAAGCAGGAUGGAGAAAAAUAGCAAAGCCUCUUUCUUCUCCGCUUGCUGGAAAAAAUGGAGCUGUUUUAAAGACGACACAACAAAUUUUUCACAAGUCCAAGGCCAAUAGCAUAAACAAUUAUCCCAUAAAUCAAACUUCCACAAAAGCAUGCCCCCCUUUUCCAUCGUGUUUAUAUUUCAAGAAGUCAUUUCACAUGUAUUAGUAUCGGUACUUCGUAUGCUGCUUUAAAUUUUUUUUUUUUUGAAAAUUAGGGCAGGAGCACUGCCAUGUCAUAUAAGGAGGAGAAUGCAAGGUCUUACAUAGUUGUGAUUACAUAAAACAAAUAAACUCAGUACUCUAGCUGAAACUAACAUUUAAAUUAAGAUACAACGGGGGCACCACAGGCCCUGAACCGCAACUGCAUUUCCUCCUUGAUUAGUUGCAAGACGAUUCUCGGCUCCAUAGCUUUCCCCUCAAAAACUCUUCUGUUCCUCUCCUUCCAUAAGUUCCAAGCUGUAUACAUGAGAAAAGCCGAUGUCUGCCUUCGUUCCUUCUGUGGCUGCUGCGCUAAUAAGGAUUGACACUACCAAUCUUCAAUCGUCGUCCCCUACACUGGAACUCUGAUCAAGUUACCUGACCACGCUCUCACCAGCCCCCACACCUGUAUUGCAAAUGGGCAAUGCAAGCACAGGUGUUCCGCUGUUUCUGGCAUGCAGCCGCACAAGGAGCAAAGUGGAUUGCACUCACCUGUAUUGCAAAUGGGCAAUGCAAGCACAGGUGUUCCGCUGUUUCUGGCAUGCAGCCGCACAAGGAGCAAAGUGGAUUGCACUGCCAAUUCCUUGCUUGAAGUUUGUCAGCUGUCAACAAUUUCUCCUGAACAAGCAACCAGCUAAAAAAUUUGUGCUUGCCCUCGGCAUGCGCUCGCCAUAUCGCUGAUGGGAGAAAAGAGUAGUAAGAACCCCUAAAUUGUGCCUCAUAUGCCGAUUUUGCAGUAUACACCCCAUCAGCUGUCCACCUCCAGGAGAUUUGAUCCUCUUCCAUUGUGAGUUGCACUUCCUGAAUGAGGUCCCAUAGCGCAAGGAAAUCUGCCAUUUCCUCUACUGAAGACAUUCUCCAUAACCCUCUGGUCCAGCUUUGGUUUUCUAAUUGCUCCUUAACUGUGAGGUGUUUCCUCCAAGCUAACUUGUAUAAACGUGGUGCAAUAUCCCUUGGUGCUUUACCUUGUAACCAGGAUGCCUCCCAAAAUUUGGCUGUUUUGCCAUUCCCCACUGUCACUAUUGUUGAUGCUCUAAAAAGUUGUCGGUCCACUUCAUUUACUGGCAAAUUACCUCCAACCCAUGGUCGGUCAGGAUCCUUCCACUCGAACCACAACCAGCGAAGCCUUAGCGCUCUACUGAAUCUGUCAAGGUCGAGGACGCCCAUCCCUCCCAAUUUUUUUGGUCUGUGCACUUUCUUCCAUUGCACCAGCCAGCAACCACCAUUUGCUUGGUCUGUUCCCUUCCAAAGAAAACCACAUCUAAUCUUAUCAAUCUGUUUGAUUGCCCAUUUUUGCAACUGAAACACCGUUAAGAAGUAUGUUGGGAUAGAAGAUAGAACUGCAUUGAGCACCGUCAGCCUGCCACCCCUGUUCAAGAAUUUGCCCUUCCAGGCUGGUAAUCUUGCUGCCACUUUAUCCACCAAAGGUUGGACGUCAACUCUUCUCAAAUUUCUUGUAUGCAGCCCAAAUAGGUGCAGGGAAAAGAUUUAACCGGGCACCGAAAACACUCCAUCACUUCUGUCAUGUUCAAUUGGUCACAACAGAUGGGGUAAACUGCACUUUUUUGUAUGUUGGUUAGUAAACCUGAAGCUGUUCCAAAACUUGUGAGAAGCUGCAAAGUUUCUUGCACAUCUUCUUUCACCGGUUUCGGGAAGAUAGCGGCAUCAUCAGCGAAAAGACUGAGUCUGAGUUCAGCUGAUCUUUGACUGAACGGUGUGAGUAUGCCCUCUUGUGUUGCAAUGUCAAACAGCCGCUGUAGUGGCUCCAUGGCCAGGAUAAAUAGCAUAGGCGAUAGUGGGUCACCCGGUCUUAAACCAACUCUAUGCUUGAACCAUUUGCCCCGAACUCCGUUCAGAAGCACAGAAGUUGACGCCGUGGACACAAGCGUUGAGAUCCAGCCUCUCCAUUUGGCUCCAAAACCCAUGUGUUCCAAAACUUCCAUUAGGUAGUUCCAUCGUAUGCUAUCAAACGCUUUAGCAAUGUCAAGUUUCAGAAAUAAUGCCGGUAUCUUUAGCCUAUGCAGUUCCUGAAUCAAGUUCUGCGUGUAUAGGAAAUUAUCAUGUAUGCUCCUCUUCCUAAUGAAUGUGCUCUGCGCCCGUGAGACCAACUGGUUCAGGUAUGGCGCCAGUCUAGUGGCCAGUAGCUUGGACACUAUUUUCGCAAUGCUGUGUGUGAGACUGAUCGGCCUAAAGUCACCAAUCCACAUUGCAUCACCUCCAUCGUGCUCAAACAAAUUACACCUCUUUUACUCUUGAUGCACACGUGCGCUAAUGGCGCGAUUCAUGCACUAGUGUUCUUUAUCGCGCGCGUAGGCGCGCGCAAAACAGGCCAUGGGCCAUCGCCAUGGCCAUCCCAGACCUGUGUCGGUGGCACGCCUGCACAGAUCUAUAGCCUGGGCGUUCUGGCACGUCCGUCCGCGCACGUGCACCGUCUAUUCUGGAGCUAUCGUCUCGUGUACCCUCGGGCUCGGCGCGCCUACAGUACUACAGUAGAAGAAAUGCUCAAGCCACGCUGCUCUUCUGCCAGCGCAGCCGUUUCGUUCAGCGAUGGCGCGGGCGGCGCCGAGGCCGGCGGCGGCCGUGCUGGUUCUGUUCGCGGCCGCCGUCGCGGUUCUCCUGCCGGACGCCGCCGAGCCCCGCAUCCUCCUCACCCUCGACGACUUCGGCGCCGUCGGCGACGGCGUCGCGGACGACACCAAGGCCUUCGCCGGCGCCUGGGCGGCCGCGUGCGCCGCCGCCGACAACGUCAUCCUCAACGUGCCGGCCGGCAAGACCUUCCGGAUCUGGCCGCUCACGCUCGCCGGGCCCUGCAGCAGCGAGAUCAAGCUGCUCAUUUCCGGGAACAUCGUUGCGCCGGAGGGCCCGAGCGACUGGGGCCCCGGCGAGCGCAGGCAGUGGCUCCACUUCCACAAGGUCCAGGACCUGAAGGUGACCGGCGGCGGCAUCAUCGACGGCCGGGGGCAGCAGUGGUGGGCGCGCGAGGGGAAGAAGAAUCGCACCGCGCAGCCUGCUCCCAAGGCGGUUCACUUUGAGGACUGCCAGGGGAUCAGCGUGAAGGGCAUUACGCUGCAGAACAGCCAGCAGUACCACCUGACGUUCACCCGGAGCUCCAACGUCGAGGCCAAUUACCUGAGGGUGACCUCGCCGGAGGACAGCGUCGACACCAAAGGCAUCCACCUAGUCGACUCGAAAAAUGUUCACGUCAUGGAUAACCUUAUCUCCACAGGUGACGAUUGUGUCUCGAUAGUGGGCAACUGCACUGAUGUUCGCCUAAGAGCCAUCGCAUGUGGUCCUGGCCAUGGUAUCAGCAUUGGAACCUUAGGAGUAAACGGUUCCGUUGAUUAUGUGGAGAAGAUCAAGGUUGACACCUUGUUUAUCUCAAAUGCCGGAAAUGGUGUACGCGUAAAGACCACCAAGAAUGGUGUCGGUGGUUUCGCCCGCAAGGUGAAGUUCGAGAGCAUUGUGAUGAGGAACGUUACUAACCCCAUCAUCGUUGAUCAGGGAAACUCCGACGAUCCGGCAGAUUCAUCUGAAGCACCGGUAGAUACUGCAGCGAGAGCCGUGCAGGUAGAGAAGAUCAACUACAUCGACAUCAGGGGAACGUCGGCAUCGGAGCAUGCGGUCACCUUCUCGUGCAGUGACGCCAAGCCAUGCAGGCACCUGUCGCUCACCAACGUGAACCUGAGCCGGGUGGACGGGCGCAAGGCAUCGUCCUACUGCCGCAAGGCAUUCGGAAAGAGCAUAGGCACCGUCAUCCCAGAGUCCUGCCUCUCCAGCGAGGACUACGCCCAGCAUGUCCCGCGGCAUCCUGAAGAAGGCAGAGAAGAAGAUUCAGAUUCGUGAAUUCCUGGUGCUUGGCCAGUUAAUGUUGUUCUAAGAUCUCAUAAAGAGGAGCAGUUGCUGCUUUGGAUCUUGGAACUAGGUUUCCGUUCUUUUUCUUAGCCUAGCCAUCGAUCAGUGCAGAUAUCUGUGUGAAGUGUGAACUGAAGAGCCGUGUUGCUGCCAAGUUUGGCUUUCUGUAACCGGAUACACUUUCAGCUAAGAUUGCCUAUCUUUCUGUGAUUAAUCAGGUUAAAUUACCA